CAAUGUUAGGCUCCAUCACCUCUAGCAUUCUAAUGUGAGCCUCGUAUUUAUGCGAUUUCGAUCAUAAGAGAUCAACAGGGGGGGACCAGUCCAUUUUGUCCCCCUAUAUAUUUUGGUCUCCCCUUAAAACACCGAAAAAAAAGAGAGAGAGGAAGAACAAACUUUCCACUCUUUUGAACCAACUCCAUCGUCGCUCAUUUUCGAUUUUGUGUUCGAUACUUCUAGCGCCUGGAUCUAUCUUCACAUUUUCAAAUCCUCCAUCCCCGGAAAAAUGCACAUCUCCUUGGCUGUGAUAUCGCUCGGCCUUCUUGGCCUGAGCCGUGCCCAAAAAAAGAGCAUCGUGACGGAUCUGACGUUUCCUGCUAUAGUGGACCCGCAGCCCAUUGUGGCCUCUGUGGUCAAGGCGGACCAAACCGAGACCGUACUCCAUCUGCAGUGUGCCGAAGGAACCGACGAAACCGAGUGCGGCGCACCAAGCAUAACUUACACCCAUAUACCACCAAGGAUAGUGGCAAUAGAGUUCCAGGGUGAUGGUGAAGACGAAGAGGGCUCGGUACAGUAUUCCCUCGAAUGCAAAAUCCCAGGUGCAUCGGCCGACUGUACGAAGAUCAUAAAAUCUUCUCAACCAGACGGAGGCUGGUCCACCAUGUCUUCGGCAACUACCCAAGUCCCCACGGCCACCUUUAUCACUACCUGGAGGGUCACGAUUACAGCAGGCCUGGAGAAGCUGGAAGGCGUUUCCGCCACCCCAGCACCAUCCGCCAGUGCAGGAGCCACGCAGACUGGAAGUGCUACGCAGACCGACAAUGCUCCACCCACUACUGGGACCAAUGCGCCCUCCUCCAGUACUAGCGCCGGUUCAGCUGCAAUGCCUCUGGUCACCGCUGCUGCCAACUGGGGUGUUGUCGGCGGUGCUGCCGUGGCAGCCGUGGCUCUUGUUUUGUAA